CUGCCUCGACCUCCUUCGCUUCUCCUGGUCAUGACAAACCCGCCUGGGCGACUCGCUCCUAGUUCUCACACCCCCCUGGCCACUACCAUCCCGCGUGUCGAACACUAUCGUCCCUUCCCGUGUCCUCCGACAUCGAUGUCCGCCUCCGCGCAGGUUCUGCCGUGCCCCAGCACCCCCAUGAAGCCACGACCCGGAUGGCUCCUGCUGCUUCUGGCGCUUCUGGUGCUGUGCACACCGACAUCGGGUGCCUAUCUCGACAUGCGACUACCACGGCGUGACCCUUGCACCAACGCUCUCCAGACCGCCGAUCCGCAACUGCUUUCGAAUUGCGGGUUUCGAUCUCUGCUCCUACUCAAUCUGAGCGACUCCCAGACACUCGGCCAAGUUAUAUCGAGCUCGUGCUCCAGCAACUCUUGUCCCCCGGUUUUGUUGGGGUCACUCCAGAGCAUAUCGUCAGCGUGCACCCUUCAAAACUCUUUUGACGUCGCAUCUCUGCUUUCGAUCCUGCCGACGUCGACCAACUCUAGCGUGUGUGCCCUCAACAACUCCACUGGUGCUCCAUGCAUCCAGGAGAUCCUGAGUGAUCUCCAGGGAAUUCCAGGGUCGCCGCUAGCAUUCUCGCAAGUCUGCACUCCAUGCAUCGCUGCCAAUCAAGCAUUCAUUUCCUCACCGUUCUUUGGCUCAAACGGCACACGGCUCUCAUCCGCAUACGAAGUAAACUGUGUCGGGCAGACAUCUAUUGGCGGACCCAACUUUGGGGGGCAGAUCGCCAACCUCAGUGCCGGCUGCCAAUCGGCCUUUGAAACCGGUCUUCGGAGCUUGAGCCAGAGCUGUUCGUUUUCAGGUGGCGCGCAGCCGUUCUUCGGAUCGAACUUUACCUACUUUCUUGAUGCCGUGUGCUCAAAUCCGGCCUGCUCGGUAUCCUAUGCCAGCCUGAUCGCGAAUACUUCACAGUUUUGCGAGGCCUCCUUCACCAAUAUUUUCACACUCGGGAGCAUCGUCUAUGCCCCGCUCUACUUAUCACCAAGCACCAACCCGCUUUGUGCCCCAUCACAACCAUCCGAAAACGACUUUACCUACUGUGGCAUCGAAGUCAUCCAAGCCGAGCUUAACAGUCCGAAUAUUACAGUGUCAUGUUCAUC